AUGACAACAAUAGAACUAGAACAUGCCAUUGGGUUUUCUUCAAUGAUUUCUCAGUCAGUGAUACAACACCCGAAGUCCUCAAACACGUACAUUUUUAUUUCUGGCUGUGUUGCUGUGAUUAAUGAUAGCAAUGAUCCUAACGCUCAACAAUUUUUAAGAGGACAUGAUGACACACUAACCUGUUUGGCCAUCUCAAAUAACGGUCAAGUGAUUGCAACAGGCCAAAAAGGAGAAAAUGCAGACUGUUGCUUGUGGGACGCUCAAAGUUUACAGCUGGUUCAUAGAUUGGCUGAACACGAACAAUCUGUUGGAGCAUGUGCAUUUUCUCAUGACGAUAAACUAAUCGCAACAGUUGGUAAUGCUACAGACAGAAGAUUAUUGAUUUGGAGUGUUCAAACUGGAAAUGUUGUUGCUAGUGCCUCCUUACCAAAACAAACAGAUAAGGUUAUAGUUUGUUUCGGAGGAAUGGUCCGUGAUAUCAAGAAAAGAGAAACUGAUAGAUAUCAACUAGCUACAUGCUCGGGAGGUUCCAUUAUUUUAUGGAGCUUGGAUCCAUUUAAUGGAAUUCUCGAACAAGAAAAAGUUAAUACAGGAGCAUACGUUAGAGACUAUACCUGUAUGCAAUUCGAUAAGAUGGGAGAGUUCUUAUAUUCUGGUAGUACAUCUGGUGAUUUAUCAUUCAUUCAUACUAGAUUGAAAAAAUUGCAAUCUGCCCCAAUUAAGAUUUGCUCAGCAGGUGUCCUAUCUUUGAGUAUCGAUACAUCGAAUGGAAAUAUAAUUGCUGGAGGUGGGGAUGGAACUGUUACUCUAUUUGAUGGACAAAAUAUACUAAAGAAACAAAAGAUUUCAAGUAGGGGUGGAGUGGUAACAAUUAGUUCCUUUCAGAGUGAAUUUAUGUUGAUCGGAACAGAUGGUGGCGAAAUAAUUAAAUCUUCAAUGGAUAAGCUGGAUGUUUCUCUAGUGGCCAGAAACCAUUCUAAGGAUGUGUAUGCUGUUGAUUUUCCAGAUGGGUUGAGUGAUAAAUGUGCCACUAUUUCUUCGGCAUGUGAGGUUAUUUAUUGGGAUUUAUCCUCGUAUUUACCAGAAACCGAAUGUAAAUUCACUCAAGGAGAAAUCUUGAAGGGAACUUCUGCCUUCCCUGUUUCAUGUUCAUUCAUCAAAGAUGAUAUUUCAAUUUUGUUAACUGGUUGGAGUGAUGGAUCAAUUAGAGCAGUAGAUUGUGAAACUGGAGAGCAAUUGUGGACUCUUGCAAAUGCUCAUAGAAAUGCAGUUACAAAAAUUGAUACAAGUUUCAACAACAAGUUCUUUGUGUCUGCUGGGCAGGAAGGAGAUGUUAGAGUUUAUGCGAUGAAAACGAGACAAUUGGUUUGUUCCUUUAAGGAACACACAACCAUGGUUACAUGUUUACAAAUUCUUGAAGAUGAUGUUCAUGUAUUCUCCAGCAGCAAAGAUAGAGAGAUUUUCUGUUACGAUUUAAGGAAUGAAAGAAGAGUUGCAGCAUUUAAUAUGAAGGUAGGAUCUGUUAAUGGAUUCGUCGUUUGUAAAGAUCAUGAAACCAUUAUCAGUAUUGGAUCUGAUAGAUACAUUACCUUUUGGACUAUUUCAUCAGAUAGCCCAACACGAAUCGUUCCUUACAGCAAGAAGUUUGAACCUAAAUGUAUUGCCAAAACCAAUACUUCAGAUAGUAUGUUUGUAAUUUUUGGAACUGAUGAGGCAAUACAUGUUUUUGACGUUGAUACAUGCGAAAAAAUCACUACAAUCUCAACAGAAGGACAGUUCAUUUUCUCUUUAAGGUUUUCACCAGAUGACAGACAACUAAUCUGUGUGGGUGAAGGUGGUGUUAUGCUCUUGUUUAAUGUGUACGACGAAUAG